CACCUGCUUAACAAUAACGACUUCAGACCUCCACCAACUGACCUCAGCCUGUUACCAAAGUUCAGGUGUCCUUACGGUGUGUGAUACUUUACUGACCAGCGUCCAUCCGUCCUCUCCAGUGCCUUGAGAGACUCCACAGCAUGCUGCCGUGCGGAGCGGUUGAUGUCCGGCACUGCGUCCUGACGAGCCGCUGGCUGCCUGCAUCUCUGGCGCUCCUCCUCCUCGUCUCCUCCAGCUUCAGCGGCGCUCACAGCACCACGGUGGAGCACGACUUCCACAUUGUUCACAAUGUCGACAACAGAAGUCCAGAGAUAGACCCAUUCUGGUACGUGGGGCGUGGGGUGAGACCCAUCGGGCGUUUCGGCAAGAGGCACAGCAGCGUGGAGGCUCUGGGCAGCAGAGGGAUGCAGCCUGUCCUCAGGACGUUAGGGCUGGUGAUCAACAGCCUCAGGAACCAGGAGAACCUCGGGGAAGUGCUGGACGGGGAGGACAGGGAUUGGUUACCGUGACAAAGAGUCCUUUCAUCUACAAACUCCAGAGUGUCUUCAUUUUUUAAAAUCUUGAUUGAGGUUAUAAACUCGUCUGCUCUAGCUCUUACCUGUAUUUCUCUCUGGUGUCUGUUAUGAGGCCUUGGUUGAUAGGUUCCUUGAUAUCUGUACAUAAAAUUCAUUCUAUAUUGAUUAAUAAACCAGGAUGUUGUGAUUAUGUCUGUUCGUCACUUUGUAUAUGCAGGCGCACGACAAACAGUUUCUUUCAAAAGGGAAAGCUUUACGUUUGCAAAUUUUAUUCAUUUCAUAAUACAUAUUUUGUCUCGGAGUACUGUGGCACAUAGAGAAACUGUAUUUUUUGCU